UGACUUGUCUUGAAUAUUUUGAGGAGCGAUGGAGGACCGGCUUCUGCCCGGCGUUUGUGAAAACAUUUGCUCGUUUUUACACUCCUUUUUAUGGCACUGAUAAUAUUCUAUUUCGUUAGAUUUUCAGCGCCAUGUCCGAUGUGUCACCCUAUGGUGAGCGUGUCGAAUUGAGGAACCGACAGGGGUCAUUUUCGGUCAGAAAAAACAGUUGGAAAGAUUUACAGGUCGCCGUGAAACAAACAAAAUCUCUGCAACAAAGUCUGGUAAAUCGAGUGCUUCAUUCAUUUACAUUCUGCGAGAACAAGCUAUAUUUUCUGGCCGUUCCUUUUGGAAGCCGUGAGAACACAAUCCACUAUGUCGAUCUGCCUGGACAACACAGUUCUGCCAAUGGUGAGAAAGAAAACGAUUUUUCUCCUCUUCCGUGGAAACCUUUACUUGACUCAUUUAAGAUCAGCCGUUCGUUUUCGGGAUAUUCAAGGGAAGAACAGUUACUGCGGGAGAGGAAACGCCUUGGAGCAUUUGGAAUCACCGCUUACGAUUUCGAUGAGACAUGUAGAAGGUUCAUGUUUUCUGCGUCAAGUAGUUUGUAUACUUGCACAGAUUGGCGAGUUGACGAAGAGGAUGAUAAUAGACAACCAAUAAUUCCAGAGGAGUUGCAUUCCCAGACCUCAGAGACAAAGAUGGAUGCUAAAUUAUGUCCAUGUGAUCCCAACUUGGUAGCUUUUAUUCAUCGUAAUGAUGUCUGGGUCAAUAAUAUUGUCACAGAGGAAGAAAGGAGAUUGACAUACACAAAUCAAGGUUCACCAAGUCCAAUGGAGGAGCCUAUAUCAGCUGGUGUGGCUUCAUUUAUUGUUCAAGAGGAGUUUGAUAGAUAUACUGGCUACUGGUGGCAGCCAAAAUUUAGCACUGAUGAAAACCUAACAAGAACUUACAGAAUUUUAUUUGAAGAGGUGGAUGAGAGCUCUGUAGAAAUUCUUCACAUUGUAUCUGGUCCAGACAGUAUGGUGCAAAAUAGUCAUGUAGAUAGCUACAGAUAUCCUAGGGCAGGCUCUGCCAAUGCUAAAUCCAAACUUAAAAUUGUCCAGUUCAGUAUUGAUACAAGUGGCAAGAUCUGUGAUCAUGUGAUUGAAUAUCAGAUGAGAGUUCCACUUUCAGAAGCAUUUCCUUUUAUGGAAUACCUUGUGAGGUGUGGUUGGUUACCAGAUGGUGAAAGUGUGUAUGCAGAAAUACUUGAUAGAAGUCAGCAGCACCUUGCUUUGGUUCAAAUCCCUGUAGCAUUCUUUGUUCCUGUUAACCAUCCAGCAAAUCAGUUGUUGACAAUAACGGAAGGCAGCCCUAUGGUUGAAGUGUUAGCAGAGGAGUCAAAUGAUAUAUGGAUAAAUGUUGCUGAGCUCACUCACUUUUUACGCAUGAAUGAUUCAAGAUUGCAGUUCAUCUGGUCUAGUGAAAUAUCAGGGUUCCGUCACCUUUAUUUAGCAACUGCAAACAGUAAUCACACACUUACACGAGCAAGGGCUGGUAGUUUUAUUUCAGAGUGUUGUAUCCAUUAUCCUCUUGUGACCCAGCGGCAAUUAACAGAUGGGGAUUGGGAAGUUGAUGGUAAAGAGAUUUGGGUGGAUGAAAAUCGCAAACUUAUUUACUUUAUGGGCACCAAAGACACACCCCUGGAACAGCAUCUAUAUGUGGUUUCAUAUGCAGAGUCUUACUUCAUGGAGCCACAGCGCCUAACCCAAAAAGGGUUUUCCCAUGCAGUCUCUCUAAACGAGAGUUUUACUAAAUUUGUCACAGUUUAUUCCUCUAUACAACAAACACAAGCUGUGAUGGUUUAUCAAAUGCAUCAUGAUGAAGUAGAGAUGAACAAUGUACCCCUCAUCACAGUUGAACCAAUUGCUGAAUUGCUGAGGGCAAAUGUUAUCCCAGAUUACCAGCCACCAGAACUUUUCUCUUAUGAAAGCAAGCAUGGACAUCAGGUGUAUGGAAUGAUGUUCAAACCUCCCUCAAUCCAACCUGGAGUCAAAUAUCCAACUGUUCUUUAUUUGUAUGGAGGACCUCAUGUUCAGGAGGUUACUUGUCCUUGCUGGGCUUGUUACAGCGUCCAGAUGUGUUUAAGGUUGCCAUUGUUGGUGCCCCGGUGACCACAUGGACAGCUUACGACACUGGUUACACAGAGAGAUACAUGAAUACACCUGCAGAAAAUCCCCUUGGAUACAAAAUGAGCUCUGUGCUAAAUUAUGCAAAUCGAUUCCCAGAUGAAGAGAACAGACUGCUUCUUGUACAUGGCUUAAUUGAUGAAAAUGUUCACUUUUACCAUUCAAGCUUGCUUAUAACUGAACUGAUAAAAGCCUGUAAGCCGUAUCAGCUUCUGAUCUAUCCAAAUGAGAGGCAUGGCAUUCGUCAGUCAGUUUCAUCAGAACAUUAUGAGACUAUGCUGCUCUCCUUUUUACAGAAGAAUCUGUAGACAGUGGGUUGUGUAAUUAUAUACUUUGACCCACUCUUAAGCUGUGUGCUGGUCAUUUGUCAGCUGGGAAAUAUCCAGAACUAAAAUAUCAAGAAAAAACAAAAGAUAAAAGGAAAAAAGAAACGAAAAAUAAGAAAAAAAACUACUAGGCCAGUAAAGCUACUUGAACUCUCUGACUUGCAGGAGUGCCCUGAGCAUAAAUUCUCCUCUCAAUUUAUAAACAUUUCAAGCAGACAGGUAAUGAGAAUAAUAAUUAAACUAUCAUAAGAGGAUUUGUGAUCAUAAAUUACCAGGUUCUCAGGAUCAGCCAAUAAAGAAGUUUGUGAUUGGUUGUCAGGUAGGAGAAUUAAAGGAACAGGUAGUUUUAAUUUCUAGUUAGAGGAAGUGUUAGCAACAUUGACUCUAUUAGAUAUUACUUUCAAAGUUUAGUCAGGAUAGUAACAUGCCCAUAUUAGCUGUUGUGUGGUCUGUUUAAUACAUGCUUUGCAUUGGCUGGAACACAACAGCCAUCAAAUUGAGAAUUACUAUUAAUGAAGAACAUAUUUGAAGCCUUGUUGCUUUCAUGUUUGGGUUAAAUAUAAGUGUGGAUUCUGACACAGUUUAUCAGCUUUCAAAUUGUUCUGUUACACUUUGGCUUGGCAGGAAUCAAUUUACAGUAACAUUAAUUUCUGGAGACAAUGAACACUAGCAAGGGAACAUAGCUUAGAAGUCUUAUCAGGUUCUGCUGUUUAAAUAGGCAUCACAUUUCCUAUUUCAAAUUCUAGUUGUUUCAAGCUAAAAGCAUAAAUUAAUGUAUUAAAACUAUUCAAGGCAUGUUACACAGUGCUGAUUGGAAAGUCAUCUCUUGUAGAUUUACAAAAUAAGCUAACACCCUAAUUUAUCAGCAUAUUUUGGUCUAGCUAAGAACUUCAGUCAUUUUUAAUUUAAAAUUAAUAUAAUUUAAACAGCAUUACCAACCCCACCUACAUGUAUUGGUGUAUCAGGAUGAGCCAGAAUCUGAUAAAUUAUGUUUAAAACCGUCCUCCUGAUUAUUAUGAUUAUGACUAUAGGGAAUGUUACUGGCAAUUAUAUCUGUUGAAAUUUAUUUAAAAUUAACAAUAUAGAGAAAUGCCCUUGAGAUCUUUAACCAACAUAUGUCCCUCCUAAGGAGGUAAGUUAGAAAUUAUUUAUUAACAAACACAACCCUUUAUCUUAUACAACAAACAAAAGAAGUAGCUGAAGCUACCUGCAGUUAUGAUUUACUUUUUCUGAGCAUCUGAGCCAAAUUUUGAAUCAGAGUAGUGGAGAUGAGAGGACAAAAGACGAUUGAGGGCGGGGAUCAAUGAAGAAAGUAGAUUUUCAUUCUCCUGGUUCAUUUUAUCUUUCAAGGUAUGACCCUACUGGUUUGUUCUUUGUGUUCUGGUAUUCUUGUCUUGCAAGUCCAAACAGUAGCUAAUUGAGAUAUGACAGGAAAGAUGAGCACAUUUAGUGCUCACCCACAAAAAAUAAAUAAAUAAAAAAUACACACACCUGCCAUGGAGAUGGUAUGUAACCACUAUCUUUAUCUGUUUUAGAAUUUCCUAAUUUCAUGGUUUCUAGACACAUUAGAAAUCUACAAAAUACAGAUGAGCACUCUUCCAAAUUUCACAUCUUUGAAAGAUGUACAUGACAGUGAUGUUUCUGACCAACUGCUCCAUUAACAGUACAAACAUUAGGAAAAAGAAACAUUCAAUGACUACUAAAACAUGUUUUUUUACCAAUUUUAAAUGGUCCUUCAAUCACAACUGUCUGAAAAAAAUGUUUGGUACACCACAAGGGUUUCUCAGUAUGUACCUUAAAUAUGCAUGUGCACAGUAGGUAAUGGGAGCCCAGGUAGAACAGUUGAUUGUUAGGUGCCAUCUCUUGGACAAGGUUAGGUAUAGAAAGGAAUCAUUUUCAAAUGGCAGUUGCUGGCAAAAAAAAAACAUUGCCACUUUAAUAUUCUGAAUUGAUAUUAAUUCACUGGUUAUGAGUUCAUUCAUAUUUCAUCUAAUUACCCUUAGUGUAGCAAACGUCUAAACAUCAAUUGUAAGCAGAAGAUAUUUGAUUUCCUGAUCAUACUUAUGACCUCUGCACCUGAUUGCUACUUUAACCCAUUAACUCCCACUAAGUGAUUAACAUACAACUUCUCCCCUUAAUAUUGAGACAUUUCCUACAAAUAGGUGAUGACGAUACUCAAACUUAUCGGGUAAAACUUGUUAUUUUGAUCUAACACCAAGUUUAAUUUUGCAGCUAAUUAACUAGGAAAUGUGUAGCAGCUAGGGAGAAGAAUUGACAAUUAGAUCUUAGGAUUUCAAGAGUUAAAUAUGGAUGUAGAAGGUGCUUUUAGGAGUGAAAGAACUAUGGAUUUAGUUUUUCAUCUUAUGUUAUGGCUUAGUACAUGCUUUUGUAACUUGUACAUUUAAACACUAUAAACUAUUAAAUAAAAUUUUAUUUUGCCAUGGA